CAUUCUAUUCCAUCCCGCUCAAAUGCUUGCGUAUUAUGGACGGAACUACGUCGGCUCUUUCACUUCUUAGUCCUGACGCUGUGCAAUGGAACAGAAAUCUGAUGCGAGAAUUCCAGGCUGCCCUGGAGAACAAUCCGUUGGUGGAUCUCAUGUCUAUGUUCCACGAUUUCUAUCGUCGCGAGCAUCGAAACGCCGAGUAUCGCCAUCUAUCUUACGCUGCGCAAAUUAAUCGCCGAACAUUAGACGAGCUUAAUGGUACCCUCAGAAAUGAGCCGGAAGUCAACUUGCUAUCUGUAUUUCCGAAAAAUUACACUCGAAGGAUUACUAUGGCGACUGGACCUAAGCUUAUGCCGUCUGCAGAAAAAGAAUCUUCUGAGGAUAGUCAGCCCGAGUUCCGAACUCGCCUUGAGCUCGCUGAGACUGCUACGAUUGUAUAUCCAUUAUCAGAAGAGGUCAACAGCUUGCUUGCGCGACAUUCUGGAGACCGGUCGGAUGGGUCGAAUGACUUAGAGAACCCGCUCAUCUUAUCCUUAAAAAAAGUAAUCACAGGAAACAAGGACUACACGGAAUAUACGAGCAUGGAAUACCUUGCAAGAGAGGCGCCUGAUAUUCCCGCUCCGAGACCGCAUGGUCUAAUCGCGUUAGGCUCUUUUCGCGUGAUAUUUAUGUCGUACAUUCCAGAUAUAACACUGGCUCAAGUAUGGCCUAACCUGUCAUGUAAGGAGAAGCUAUCUAUACAACGCCAACUGGAUAAUAUUUUCUGCCGACUAAGAACCAUCCAACACGAAGACAGUAAUAUGCUUGGGGGGGUAUGUGGUGAAGGGGUUAAAGAACUUCGGGUCAAUGAAUGCGCCUUGUUCAAAGACAUCACCACAGCCACACAGUUCAACGAACUGCAAUUUUCGGCUGUUCACCAUGGCAGCGCUACUUACGUGAAGCUUCUUCGUUCCUUUCUAGAGAAUGACUAUUCCACUUUGACGCACGGAUUAGUGUUCACCCAUGGCGAUGUGAGGACUGAAAACAUUAUAGUGAAGAAGGAUCCUAGUAUUGACGGCUAUGUUGUUACCGGAAUUAUCGAUUGGGGGGACAGUGGCUUCUAUCCUGCCUACCAUGAGUCUACUGUAUUGACACGUACCCUGAGCCUAGUUGAUGAUGAUGACUGGUAUCUUUAUUUGCCAGAAUAUAUCUCGCCUCUGAAAUAUCCUGUCCGUUGGCUGGUUGAUCGCUUGUGGGGAAUUCAUCUCAAAACCACGUAACUCGAACAAGGAUCAGAAAUGCUAUUGUGAC